AUGCGUCGCGUGGCUGUCAGCUCCGAAACCAUCCUUCGCUGCCGAACCAUCAUCGUGGAAGAGGAGGAGCGGGAAGAGGAGGAGCGGGAAGAGGAGGAGCGGGAAGAGGAGGAGCGGGAAGAGGAGGAGCGGGAAGAGGAGGAGCGGGAAGAGGAGGAGCGGGAAGAGGAGGAGCGGGAAGAGGAGGAGCGGGAAGAGGAGGAGCGGGAAGAGGAGGAGCGGGAAGAGGAGGAGCGGGAAGAGGAGGAGCGGGAAGAGGAGGAGCGGGAAGAGGAGGAGCGGGAAGAGGAGGAGCGGGAAGAGGAGGAGCGGGAAGAGGAGGAGCGGGAAGAGGAGGAGCGGGAAGAGGAGGAGCGGGAGCAGAAGGCGAGUGCUUUGCUUGCCGCCGAUAUUGUUGACAGCGUCGAGAUAUUCGAGGCGGUAAAGGCGGCGUCGAAGGCGGCGGCGGGUCUGGAGGAGCACCACCGAGAGGUUGUGGCGAAGGGGAUGGAGGCCACGCGGACCCUCCGCACGAUCGCCAGCGAGACCAAGAAGAGCCUCCUGCACAGCGUAGACUCGCGGACGGUAAGAGUGCUGGAGGAUGCGAUGAGGCUGCUGAUCCUGUACGCGGAGAAGCAGAUGUCUCUAAAGUCUAGCAAGAGCGACUACUGUCCCUAGGAGAAGAGCGCCGCGAUCGAGGCCACCAGGACCGUCAAGGUUUGGAUUUGUAUCGUUUGUUUGUUCUGUUGGUAGGUUGGUGGGCGAUUGUCGUUGUUGAUGGCUGGUGGUCGUUGUUUUCGUAACAUUUACAACCGUCGUGUCAUCGUAAUCGCAUGCCAUCUUUGCACUAGCCGCCCUGCUUCAAGGGACAGAUGUUCGCCCGCGAUUUUUGAUUGAAACCCGGCAGUGUCCCACGCACAUGCUGCGUCCACUGCUGUUAGGAUUCCUUUUGCGUCAUCCCACGCUAUGUGCUUGCUCGCUCUUGACGUUCCCUGUUUUCGUGGGGCCUCAGUGUUCUUUGGACGUUGCUUCUCUUGCCCCAACGAGGACACUAGCGCGAGCAUGUGCGAAACGAAACCGUCAUGGUGUUCCUAUUUACUCCCUUAGUGAUGCCUACAUACGACACGAUACGAUGUGGAGUGCGCUGUCCCGGGUGCGUUGUGGGACAAGGUGCCGACAUUAGCUCGAGGUCAGUUUCUACCUUUUGCGACUGGAAAACGACCCCCCUCCAUUGUUUUCUGUCCUCUUUC